CCGAGAGUUCCUCAGUCUCCAGAAAGCAGCUGAAGGCUUCCAGAGCCAUGCCACUGCCUCAGAUCCCGUGAACCCUAGGACAGGAGCUAGCUACUGGGCUGAGCUGGGUCCUGGACACUGGGGAUCCAAUUCCACAGGAGCUUUGAGGAGGAGGAGGUGGCCUUCAAAUCCUGAGAUACAAGAGAUGCAUGCAGCUUUAAGGACUUUUAGAGAGCCACAGGGAGAAUAAGGAAUCACGGAAGACGACAAGGACCGGUGGACAUCAACCCGAAAACAAAGGUGAAGCAUUGGAUUUACCUCUCUGUGGAGGUGGAGGAAAAGAAGGGUAAACAGAAGACAGAAACUAACAAAAAGCAGGUGAGGUGAUAACAGAAGCAACCAUGAGAGAUGUAACAUGGUGCAUGGGCAUUAUGCUCUGGCUCUCCAUCUGCUUGUUCGGCAAGAGCCACUCAGGAAAUGCACUCACGCAAUCACGUCAACGACGAGCACCUGUCGAUGACUCUAAGAAGUGCUCCUACACUUUCCUGGUGCCACAGCAGAGGAUUACAGGUCCAAUCUGCGCCUCUGCAACAGGGCCCGAGCCAGACAAAGACCGGGUGACACGUAUGGACAUUGCUGAUGUCCGGGAGGUCCUAUCCAAGCAGAGGCGUGAGAUUGAGAUGCUGCAACUAGUGGCGGAUGUGGACGGGAACUUGGUAAAUGAAAUGAAGCUUCUGCGCAAAGAGUCUCGUAACAUGAAUUCCCGAGUGACACAGCUUUACAUGCAGCUGCUUCAUGAAAUUAUCCGCAAGAGGGACAACUCCCUGGAGCUGGCGCAACUGGAGAACCGUGUGCUGAACGUCACCACGGAAAUGCUCCGACUGGCCUCCCGUUACAAAGAGCUGGAGCUACGUUUUGCAGGACUUGCUGCCACGGUUAACAACCAAUCUGUGCUCAUUGCUGCCCUGGAGGAUCGUUGUCUUCAUGGAUAUGGGCGCCAAGAUCUGCCCGCAGUUCCACCGCUAGUGCAGGUGGUGCCAGAGAGCAUUCCAGCAAACAAUAAUCGCUUCACCAAUGAGAUUCAGAGAGACCACAACAACAGAGCCUUUCCUAGAGGAUCACGAAUGGAUGCCCCUACACCUGACCCACUGGGAAUCCCACCACCCCCACAGGGCACCCUUACCUCAGAUGGCCCAUUCAGAGACUGUUUCCAGGUGCGGCAGGCAGGACACACCACCAGUGGGAUGUAUCUGCUGAAGGCAGAGGGCAGUGAUAGACUGAUUCAGGCCUGGUGCGAACAUAAAUUAGACAAUGGAGGCUGGACCGUUUUUCAGCGAAGGAAAGAUGGCUCUGUCAACUUCUUCAGGAACUGGGAAAACUAUAAGAAAGGCUUUGGGAACAUAGAUGGAGAGCACUGGCUGGGCUUGGAGAACAUCUAUAAUCUAGCCAAGCAAGGGGACUACAAAUUGCUGGUGGAGCUGGAGGACUGGGUUGGAAAAAAAGUGUAUGCCGAGUACAGCAGCUUCCAUCUGGAGUCUGAGAGCGAGGCCUUCAGGAUGAGACUGGGCACCUACCAGGGCAAUGCUGGAGACUCCCUCACGAGCCACAAUGGAAAACCCUUCACAACGCUUGACCGGGAUAAAGAUGCCUUUACAGGCAACUGUGCUCAUUUCCACAAAGGUGGCUGGUGGUACAACGCUUGUGGUCAAACGAAUCUGAACGGUGUGUGGUACUCUGGAGGUGUGUAUCGCAGCAAGUUUCAGGAUGGGAUCUUCUGGGCGGAGUAUGGGGGUGUCUACUCGCUCAAAUCAGUCCGUAUGAUGAUCCGGCCAAUAGACUGAGGUUCACCACGGGACCUCACCCUCUAACCAAAUCCCCAAUGAGUCUAAAUUGCUUGAAUGUACUCAUAAUUCACUUCAGCACUUAUUUAUAAUCACACAUUCAUGUUUAUGAGGACUGACAUGUAUAGCACAGUAUAGACGGAGUAUGCGUAAGAACUAGAAGUUGGACGACCAUAUGGUCAACUUCAGCAUUUUCUGGUCUUUUCCAAAUCCUACAUUUUUCUUCACUGCUGUCCACUGCUUGAGUCUUCCUCACUACCUGGACUGAUGCCAUCAAAUCCACAAUCACGGGUUUUUAAAUCAAAGAUCUUCGCAACUUACCAGAUUCUGGCCUCUGGCUUUGGAGGUGUCUGUAACAGUAAGGACUGGCACUGGGCUGAACCGUUCGCCAUGAUCGUAAUGUUGGUCUGUAAAUAUACUUUUUUUUUUAUAUUUGUUCAUUUUUGUAAGAGUUAAUUUAAGGACUCGCCUCCAAUCCGCAUUAAUCAUUUGUUAUUUAUAUAUCAGUGAUCUGUAUUUAUGACAGUUAUAAUCCUCCAACCAUCUAUUAUGAUGUACCAAUGUGCUCUGGACAAGUUUUUGUAUACUUUUACCAACAGAGAGAGGCUAUUAUAUUUGACUCCAGGGUUGUAAUAACCAUGGGAAUUGAAAGGGACAAGUCCCCCAACAUCUAUUUUAAAGGUCAAUAAGUAUACAUUUUUCACAACUAAAUCUUAAAUUCAGUGUUAUUUUCUUUAUAAUAUGACAUUUUCAGUUGAAAGAUAUUCAGGCAACAUGAAGGUUUUUUUUAAUUACUGAAUACCCUAUGCAGCCUAAAUGAUGUCAGAGAUGAAGUUGUUUUCGGAGUAAAAUGGGCAAAUCAUUACAUUUUAAAGAUUAAAGAUUCAGAAUUUAGAAUGUGGCCUCUUUUUAAUGAAUGAGUUUGAAUAAACAGAAAGUGAACCGGAAUUAAA